AUGGCUACCCCUAGUGUCCUCGCUUUUGACGCUGAGGGUCGGGCCAUUGACUUUGAGGUCUGGGUAGAUGACCUACAGCUGUUCUUACAGUGCGAUAGGGCGGACGGCCUCUCUCUCUUUGACCUUACCUCUGGCGCUUCCCCUGCCCCUGCUGCUGAUGCUGACGCCACUGUUCGCUCCCAGUGGGCCACGCGCGAUGCUGCUGCACGUCUUGCUGUGCGUCACCACCUCCCUACCUCCAAGCGUGCGCACUUUAAUCAGUACAAGAGUGCUCAGACCUUGUACGACGCUGUAGUCGCGCGCUACUCCUCCCCUGCCACUGCUGCACUGAGCCGUCUUAUGCUACCGUACCUCUUCCCUGACCUUGCUGCCUUUCCCACCGUUGCUGACCUCAUUACACACCUCCGCACUAGUGACACUCGCUACCGCGCUGCACUUCCUGCUGACUUCUGCACCGCGAACCCCCCCCCCAUGUACAUCACUCUGUACUUCCUAGUCACUCGCCUCCCUGACUCUCUUCGAGUAGUCAGGGACCACUUUCUCUCAGUCUGUCCCACCACACUCACUGUCGAUCUCCUCGAGAAGGCUCUCUUAGCAGCGGAGAAGAGUAUAGUCGCUGUAGGAGCCUCUCGAGGUGACCCGCGCACUCCCAUCUUUGAGGGGUGUUCCCCCUCCCCCCUGCUGCCCUCUAUUGCCUCUGCUGCUACGGCCGACCUCCUUGGUCUUGAGUCUAUCGGUGCGGCGUCUGCCCCUAGCGGGAGACGCCGCCCUGGCAAGGGCAAGGGGGGCAAGGGAGCUGGAGGAGCGGGCGGUGGAGGUGGAGGUGGAGGCGGUGGGGGUAGUGGGGGUGGCGGUGGGAGUGGAGGUGCGGGUGGGGGGGUCGGUGGCGGCGGUGUAGGCGGAGGCGGCGACGGCGGUGGCGGUGGGAGCGGAGGUGGCGGUGGAGGCGGCGGUGGAGGCGGCGGUGGAGGCGGCGGCAGUAGCGGAGGCGGCCGAGGCGGUGGGGGUGGCGGUGGAGCUGGUCGCGGGCCUUCGCAGAGGAGUGGCUCCGGUAGUGGCGCGCGCCAGCAGCAGCAGCGCGAUCGUGAGACCCUGUCCCCUCAGCAGCUCCGUGAGUGGGCGGGUGUUGCCAUCUUUGAUCUUGACUUUGAUGCUAUUCUCUCUGCCAUGUAUGCUGUGUCUCAUAGUGAUGAGGGUGACUGCUACCGCUGUUUCCCGCCCGAUCCGGGCAUUGAGGCUGCUGCCCUAGGAGCUUGCGACGCUGCUGCUCUAGGUGCUAGUGUGUCUGCGUCCUCAGGUACUGGUGAGUCUGCGCUCUCAGGUACUACGUCGGCUUUGGCCUCCCUCACCUUCACUCUUGACUCUAGGGCGUCUUGCUCCUUCUUUCGGGACUGCACCACACUCACGCCGCUUGGUCGGCCGGUUGCGGUGUCUCUGGCUGACCCCUCCGGGGGUCCUGUACUGUCUCGCUUCUCCACAGUCCUCCCGUGUCCGGCGGCUCCCUCUGGCACCCGGUCUGGUCUCUACCUCCCCUCGUUCUCGACGAACCUGGUGAGUGGUGCUGACCUACAGGAUGGGGGAGUACACCAGUUCACUCCUGCGCGUCAGCGGGUGACCCAAUGUACAGAGGCUAGCACAAGCCGGCACCUGGCUACCUUUACCCAUCAGCCGGGGUCGAGCCUAUACACACUGACCACUGCGUCUCCUCCCGUUACUGAGUCUGGUAGAGUCGCUUCGUCCGAUCAGGUGUUUGCUGCAGCGUCUAGGUCUGGUCCUGAGUCUGCCCCCUGUUCGUGUCGUCUCUUGUCUCAUGAGACUCUCCUCUGGCACCACCGUCUUGGUCACCCCUCUCUGCUUCGGCUCAGAGGCAUGGCCUCCCUUCUUCUUGUGUCUGGUCUCCCCCGGUCCCUCCCUCCCCUUCCUCAGGGCCCUGGCCCUGCCUGUGUCCCCUGUGUCGAGGGGCGCCAGCGGGCUGCCCCUCACUCCUCCCAGUUUCCUCCGACAGAGGCCCCGUUGCAGACGCUUCACAUGGACGUGUGGGGCCCGGCCCGCGUCCGUGGACAGGGUCACGAGCGCUACUUCCUGCUCGUUGUUGACGACUACUCGCGUUACACCACGGUCUUCCCCUUGCGCAGCAAGGGUGAUGUCACUGAGGUGCUGAUCGACUGGAUCAGCGCGGCUCGUCUCCAGCUCAGGCCGAGCUUUGGCUCGGACUUCCCUGUUAUGCGUCUGCACUCUGACAGAGGCGGAGAGUUUUCCUCUGGCCUACUGCGAGCCUACUGUCGCGCACGAGGCAUCCGUCAGACCUUCACGCUUCCGGACUCACCGCAGCGAAAUGGGAUUGCUGAGCGCCGCAUUGGCAUGGUCAUGGACGUCGCUCGUACGUCUAUGAUGCAUGCGGCUGCCCCCCAUUUUCUGUGGCCGUUUGCGGUCAGGUACGCAGCGCAUCAGAUCAACCUCCACCCCAGGGUCUCCAGGCCGGAGACCUCCCCAGCCUUACUGUGGACGGGGAAGGUUGGCGAUGCGUCGGCGUUCUGGGUUUGGGGAUCUCGGGCGUUUGUCCGCGACUUGUCUGCGGACAAGCUGUCCCCUCGUGCUGCUCCUUGCGUCUUCCUGGGGUUCCCCCCUGACGCGCCUGGGUGGCAGUUUUACCACCCCACCUCUCGACGUGUUCUGUCCUCCCAGGACGUCACGUUUGACGAGUCGGUCCCCUACUACCGCCUCUUCCCCUACCGCACUCCGUCCCUCCCCCCACCCCCGCUCUUCCUUGUACCAGGUCCCCCCCAGGUAGACUCCCUCCCCCCUCAGGGUCGUGCCCCUUCAGGUGUGUCCCAGGUAGACGCAGUCGAGCCUGUCGAGGUCACUGGUGACUCUGGUGCUGCUAGGGGUGCUGAGCCUGGGGGUGCUCGACCUGGGGGUGCGGAGUCUGGGGGUGCUGAGCCUGGGGGUACUGCAUCUUGGGGUGGUGAGCCUGGGGGUACUGAGCCUGGGGGUGCUGAGCCUGGGGGUGCUGAGCUUGGGGGUGCUACGCCUGGGGGUGCUGAGCCUGGAGGUGCUACGCCUGGGGGUGCUGAGCCUGGAGGUGCUACGCCUGGGGGUGCUGGGAGUGGAGGUGCUCCGCCUGGAGGUUCUCCGGGUGCUUCUUCUCGCCGGGAGCCACUCUCUCCACAGGAGGUGCGCGAGUGGUUUGCCCGGCGCUGGCGCCGUACUGCUGGUGCUGGAGGUUCUUCGGCUGCUGAGGGUGCUGCGGUCGCGGUUCCCGGAGGUGCUCGUACUGGGAGUACUGGAACUGCUGGGCCUACGGGUUCGACUGGAGCUGGUGCUGCUGAGGGAGUUGGCGCUGAGACUACCGCUGGCGGUCCUACUGGGGGUGCUCCUGGUGCUGCUGGAGGUGCUGCUGGAGCGGGUGCUCCUGCUGAGGGUACUGGUGUUGUCCCUGCUGCUUCGGGCGUCCUCACGCGGCCUCGACCGUACUUUGUUCCACUCCUGCAGCAGGUUCUUGGUCUUCCUCCUUCUACUGGUCCUCCUCCUCCCUUAGAGUGUCCACAGCCUGUCCCGUCACAGUCACAGCUACAGCCUGCCUCCCCUCUGCCUGCUCCUUCUCCCUACGCUGGUCCUACUGGAGGUCUUACUGACAUCGUGAGCCUGCGUCUCGCCCUGCGUCGCCUGUCCGUGCUGCUCGCGCUAGUGGUCGCGUCGGACUCUCUUCAUGCUGCCAGUCCUACUGUCACGCGUCUCCUUGCUACUGUUGUCACUGACCCUUCUUUCGAGUCUACUGCUGCGUCUGCUCUCGUUACUGAGCUCGUCGACUUUGCUGCUCGCUGUCGCUUAGACUACGCUGCUAGUCUUGUUGCUGAGUCUGAGUCUGUCUGUCCUCCAUCCGUCGGGGGUGAGUGUGCCCUUGGCAUGGACGUCCUUGAGGACAGGCAGGAGGAGUUCCAGUGUCUGGCAGCUGCUUCACCUCAUCUCGUGUCCGUACUGCUUACCCCUGAGGGAGACCCGGAUGCACUUGACAUCCCGACUCCGCGCUCUUACGCGGAGGCGAUAGAGGGUCCCUACUCCUCUCUGUGGCAGGCAGCUAUGGAUGCAGAGAUGGCUUCCUGGAAGUCCACAGGCACCUACGUUGACGCUGUCCCCCCUCCUGGGGCGAACAUCGUCAGUGGCAUGUGGAUCUUCAGGGUGAAGCGGCCGCCGGGUUCUCCGCCUGUCUUCAAGGCGCGUUACGUGGCUCGUGGCUUCAGUCAGCGGCAGGGAGUUGACUACUUUUAG